AAAUGAAGAUGAAUUUCCAACAGAUUUUGUUCCUAUUGGCGACAUUGGGUUCCUGUUCCUGUACCCUAAUGGACGAACUAAUGGCUGAGAUUCCUAGAGAUAGGAGCAAUCUAACGGUGCCAUUAACGCCAUGUGAGGAGCAGCUAAUCGAACUUAUUAAGGCUGCUGACCAACAACAAUCAUGGGCUCUAAAGGCCCUUGAUGCCUCGCCUGGAGAUCUGUCAAAUUUCAUGUUGGGUCAAAGUCAUUUUCUGGGCAAUGCGGCCACUUGUCGAGCUGUGAAUGAGCCCAUUCUCAAGGAUUUCACGGAUCAUCAACCUGAACUUUUAAGAGAGACUGCCCCAUUUGAGUUUAAGUAUCAGAUGGCCUAUAUAGAAGCGAAUUCUCCAUGGCAACUGAGGACCGACAUGAUAGAUAUACCCAUGUUGCAUGUAGGUCUCUGUUUGCCCCAAACUUGCCAGACUGAGGAAGUGGAGAAGCUGCUUAACAAUUCUUUCGCCCAUGGCGAAAUCUGGCAGCGUUGGCAAAUGAAACCCAAAUUGGUGUACACCAAGAGACCUGAAUUAGGUUCGAGUUUCUUUCAAAGUGCCUUAUGGAAACUCUUUCUAUUGUGUUUGUCUCUCAAUGUCCUGCUGACAUUAUUGGGUAACACAAGUUUCGGUGCGAAAUACCGUUUCCUAGGAUGCUUUAACGUUAGAACGAAUUGGCAACGUCUCUUCAAGGAUCCAGAACCGGAUAAGGAGAAUAGUGCCAUCAAUGGUAUUCGUGUGACUUGUGCUUUUCUACUGCUCGCUUUCCAUGUGGUUUGGUAUAAAUUUUUCGCCGCCGACUCGUCCUAUAUGAUGAUGGAGAAGGUGGCCAGCAUGUUAAUAAGAAACAGUUAUUGGCCCUUUGUGAUGGAAAUCUUCUUUGUCAUUAGUGGCUUUCUAACUGUGUCGAAUUUCCUGAGCAAUACAAAGAAGCAACAAACAAUAGCCGAAGAUCAUCUAAGUGGAAAUAUCGUGCGGUAUUUGCGUCAAGUUUUGCAUCGUUACCUACGUUUGGUUCCAUUGGAAUUUGUUGUCCUGUUGACAUCAGCCAUGAUCUUUUCAUAUUUGCGACAAGUGUCGAUCUAUCAUCUGGUUGAGCCAGUGGAUGAGCUAUGCUCGAAAUUCUGGUGGCGCAAUGUCUUGUUCAUACAGAAUCUAUUUUGGCACAAAGACAUGUGCUGCAAUUGGACCUGGUCGCUGGCAUGUGACAUGCAAAUCUAUUUGGUGGCUCUGACUUUACUCUUUAUCCACACACGACAUCCCAAAUUGAUACGCACCACUGUUGGCUGCCUAUUUGCGGGAAAUGUACUCUUCUCCUUGUGGAUAUUGCGGCAUGCUACACCACAUUUUGAGAGCUUCUAUGUGAAAGGCGAUAUAUUCUAUGUCAGCCCGAUGACACGUUUCUACACCUACGCGGUGGGUGUUGUCUAUGGCUAUUGGGAUGCCAAGAAGCUGCCCAUGUCACCCUUUCACUAUGUCUUCGGUCAACUCUGGCAAAAGCUGGCCCUAGCUGGCGUUUGUCUUCUCCUGGUAGCGCGUUUUCAAUACGGGGAUUUGCCAUCGAUAGGCCUCGUAAUUUUGGCAAUUUUCCUACUACGCUUGGUAAUAGCCGCAAUAGCUGCUGAGAUUAUGUUGAGCAAUUCCAAAGAGGAUUUGGCCAAAUACUGGCAAUGGGUUCUUAACUUGUUUAGAACCGAUUGGGUACAGAAAACCAGCCGAGUGACAUAUGCCAUCUAUUUGCUUAAUCCCACUGUAAUUAUAAGUUGUUUUUAUCUGCAGAGUCAAACCCUGGAGCCGGAUAAUAUUACAUUGAUCCUUUUAGUUGCGGCCCAUUCGUUAAUUAUUUAUCUUUUGGCUAUAUUAUUCACUGUGUUCAUCGAAUAUCCUUAUAAUGGAGUCUGCAAUAUGUUGCUAAAUCCUUCUACAAAGACUAAAAGCACUUAGCCAGCAUUUUGUUACUUUAUUAGGGGGGAAAAACACUAAAUCAAUGAAUAAUUAAUAAAUUGAAUGAUCAACAAG